AUGGUCGAAAUCACUAACAACAACGCAACCGACAACGCGCAACCCGAGGGUUCAACGGUCAAUGUUACCUUAGUAUCUGCGUCCGGCAACACGUGGCAGGUCACCACGGAGGCCCUUAUCACAUACUCUGAAGAGCUCUAUGGCACGGCCCUUGAAAACAAGUGCCGCAUUGUCUUGCCCCAGAAAGUUCAAGACCGUUCCGUUGACGCCCUCAUCGACCACAUGUCCGGAAACCGGCCUAGAAGAUUGUGGUAUCCGAGAGAAUUCUACAAGGGCAACGAAGAUAUUGUCAUAACGGCUGCCGCCAGCGGUUACACCAAUCUCCACUACCUGGCGACUAAGUACAACAUCGGCCAGCUUGAGACGGAGGUGCUCAAGGCGUUCGAGUUCUGGUUUCAGAACGAACGCCAGGAUCUUAAACACGUCGAGAUGGUCUUGGCAGCUACGGCCGAUGAGGGACUUCAGUUGUCGGCGCCGAUGAUGAAGUUGGUGGUCGAUGGUACGGUGAGUAUCAUCGCUCAUGCGAGUGACGAAGAUAAGCAGAAGUGGCAGACGCUGGCUGAGAGUUAUCCGGACUUUGCAAAGGACGUGCAGAAGGUUCGGAAGCCUUCAGAGUGA